AUGUCUGAAAACGGCUCAGAUGGGGAGGGAUUGGCCACAGGACUGGCCACACAUCCCUGUCGGUGGGACACAUGUAGUUUCACAAGUAGCACGUUCAAAAAUUUAUAUGAGCACAUCAUCGAAUUUCACCUGGGCAGCAUAAAGAAGACCGAUGACUGGGUCUGCAAAUGGACUAGUUGUCCGAACGCUAAACAGGGCAAGCUCUUCAACAAGAGGGAACAUCUGAAGUCGCAUAUCAUGUCACACGUGAAUUACUUCCCUUUCGCCUGCCAGUACUGCAAUCAGCAGUUUAAAAGAAGGCCUGAUCUCAACAAGCAUAUCAACAAGAGUCUGGGGUGUCAGCAGCGCCUGCAUGGUCUGUCGCUAUGGGACAAUGAACGCGUAUGCAAAUGGCUGGCCGAUUCAGAUUUACACGGCCUAGAAGGUCUCUUCAAAGCACGGAACAUCAAUGGAGAAACACUCAUGGUCAUCGACGACCGCUUCUUGUUGGAAACGCUCAAUAUAACUGACCAGGCAACCCGUGAGCGGUUGCUGGCUCUGAUACGCGCCAAAAAACGCAGCUACAGAGGCGCAGAUACUGAGAAAGACCCCAACGAUUGCAAGUAA